UAUCCUCGAAAUGUCUCCUUUAGGAAAACCAAUUGUUGGUUCAUUUGGAAUAUCGCAUCAAGAUUCAUGCUUGAUCGUUGGUAUUUGAUGUCAAUGUGCCUCCUUUAGACAUAUUUCAAUAAGCUCGAGCCCUCGUUCACAGUACAUAAAUGAGCUGUUUCCAGGUAGGAAAAUGCUGUAUCUUUCGUCUUAUUUUCAUUUCUAUUCUGUGUGCUUUUGGGGGACAAUUGCAUCGCGAUGGAGGCCAGUCAGCCUAGACGAGUGAUUAUUGUCGGCGCUGGAUUUACCGGUCUCGUUGCUGCGAAGACCUACCUCCAGAUCAACCCAGCUGCAGACAUCACGAUCAUCGACAAAGAAGAUGGCAUUGGAGGCGUAUGGUCAGCAUCACGGAUCUAUCCAGGCUUGACAUACGAAGUGCCUACUCCGCUUCUUAACUUCACCGACUUUGAUAUGUGCAAAGAGCUAGGAAAGGAGAUGUGGGAAGAUGUCAGCGGAUAUGAAGUUAACGAAUUUCUGGUCAAAUAUGCCGAGAAGCAUAAUCUCACAAAAUUAUGUCGCCUGAGCACCGAGGUGUUGAAGAUUGAGAGAGAUGGUCGAGGCUGGAAAGUCCUUGUCCGACCGGUCGAUCAACCAAACGCUUCACCAGAAUCUCUGUUUUGCGAGAAGCUCAUCAUGGCAACGGGCAUCACCUCAGUUCCAAGAACGCCCCAUUGGGACAUGACCAAAUUUGAUGGUUUCCACUUCCACGCAAAACAAAUGGGCAAGCGUCAUAAGGAACUCGUCUCAGAAGAUGUCAAAAAUGUUACAAUCAUCGGCGGUCACAAAUCAGCACUUGAAGCUGUCGGAACUUGUGCUCAAGCAGGCAAGAGUGUCGAGUGGCUUGUAAAGGCAGACGGCGGUGGACCAACUUGGUUGAUGCCCGCCAAGAAUCCGAAUGGAAGUUCCUUGGCAAAGAUGUCGACUGUACGCAUGAUGGCUGCUUUGAGUCCAAGUGUAUAUCGAAAGCCGAAUUGGCUUGAUCGAUUUUUGCACAGUCAACGAUGGUGGUUGGGAAAUUGGCUUUUAACCUCGUUCUGGACCUUCAUGACCAAGACCAUCAAAGGUGAUAGAUACAACAAAAGCCCAAAUAUGAAGAAGUUGGAGCCACAUCCAAAGAGCAUGUUCUGGUUCGUUCCUGGGGGAACAAUCGUACACGACCGAGAUGCAGAAACCAUCCGACUCAUCGACGAAGAGAAGUUCGUCCAUGUCAAUCGGGCCGAACUGGUUUCUGCUCAAGGACGAACGGUUACUCUGUCAAGUGGCAAAACCAUACCAUGCGACGGAAUCAUAUUCUGCAUUGGCUGGGAACUUUCCAUCCCGCCUUUAUUCCCUCCACCCCUCGCCAACGAUCUCGGUCUCCCCGUUGAUUUCUCCAUCCCCUCCACCCAAGAGAACGAAUACUGGGAAGCCCUCGACACAACCUCAGAAUCCGAUGUCCUGGCCCGUUACCCCAUCCUCCGCAACCCACCCAGCGAGAUCCACGUCCCCAAAUCAACCCUCACACCCUACCGUCACUUCCGGUCUAUGAUCCCACCCAAACUCGCCGCCCGCAACGACAACUCCCUCGUCUUCAUCGGCAACUGGGCCAACGGCCGCGUGCAAAUAACAGCCGAAUUAGCAUCCCUCUAUGCCAUCGCCUAUCUCGAAAAUCUCAUGCCGCCUUCUACUCAAGCUCUAUUAUCUGACGAAGAGGCGAUGAAUCGCGAUAUUGCCCAUGUAGAUGCGUUUCGACGGAAGAGGUAUUUGAAUUGUUUCCCGUUCAGGAUUAGUAUUUUUGAUACGCCGGAAUUCGAUGAUGCGUUGAUGAGGGAUUUGGGAUUGAGGGCGGAUAGGAAGAGGAUGAGGAUGAGAGGGGGUUGGAGGGAUUGUUGGGUGUUGAAGGCUUGGUGUAGGGAGUGGUUUGAGGGGUAUUUUGCGAGUGAUUAUGCGGGGAUUGUGGAGGAGUUUUUGGAGGGCGUGGAGAGGAGGAAGGAGGGGAAGGUACUGUAGGUGAGUGAUGCGUUGAGUGAGUGGAAAAGGGGGUUAGGCGAGGUUACACAGGUUGUGGUUGUAGGCGACUGUGUGUUUUGCUCAUGAGAUCUGUCUUUCUGUUAUAUUCAGACGUUUAGAAUCCGGUGACGCACGCUCUUGGGCUCUUGUAUCUACAUCUGGGAUUGUGCAGGGCCACCUCGACACCUUACUCUGGCAUCGUGAUAUCCAGGGCAAGCUCACAUAAGAUGAUCGUCCCCCCUUGUCGAGAUCAUUGGCAAGCGAAGACGUGGACUCUCCGCCCCACAUUCGGGGAGCGCUAAAACCCG